AUCAUGUGGAUUAUAUGUUUUGUUUUUUAUUUAGACAAGAUGUGAAAUGGAGAAAUAUCUGGCACCACAGCUUCCACCCAUUCCUGUUAUCCCUGAACAUAAAAAAUACAGAAGAGACAGUGCCUCAGUUGUUGACCAGUUCUUCACUGACAGUGAAGGGUUGCCUUACAGCAUCAACAUGAAUGUCUUCCUUCCUGAUGUUAGUCACCUCAGAACUGGCCUGUACAAAUCCCAGAGACCAUGCGUAACGCACAUCAAGACAGAACCAGUUACCAUCUUCAGUCACCAGAGUGAAACUACUGCCCCUACCCCUGCUCCCACUCAGACUCUCCCUGAGUUUACCAGCAUUUUUAGUUCUCACCAGACUCCCGAGGUGAACAACAUUUUCAUCAAGCAAGAGCUUCCUACUCCAGAUGUUCAUCUCUCUGUCACACCCCAACAGGGCCAGUUAUAUCAGCUCUUGAGUUCACCGGAUUUAGAUAUGCCCAAUUCUACUACUCAGGGAGCAAUAAUGGACUCUCUAAACAACGUUUCUAUGUCAUCAGCCAUGGCAGGCCUUAACACUCUCUCCUCGGCUGUUCCACAGACUGCAAUGAAACAAUUCCAGGGUAUCCCUCAGUGCACCUAUGCCAUGCCGAAUCAGUUUCUUCAGCAACAGGCCACUUACUUCCCCCCUUCGCCUCCAAGUUCAGAGCCUGGAAGUCCAGAUAGACAAGCAGAAAUGAUGCAGAAUUUAACCCCUCCUCCAUCCUAUGCUGCGACUAUAGCUUCUAAGAUGGCAAUUCACAAUCCAAAUUUACCAGCAGCCAUGCCAAUAAAUGCACAGACCAUCCAGACAGUCAGAUACAAUAGAAGGAGUAACCCGGACUUGGAGAAAAGACGUAUCCACUACUGUGACUAUCCUGGCUGCACAAAAGUUUAUACAAAGUCUUCCCACUUAAAAGCACACCUGAGAACUCAUACUGGUGAGAAACCAUACAAAUGCACAUGGGAAGGCUGUGACUGGCGAUUUGCUCGCUCUGAUGAAUUGACACGCCACUACAGGAAGCACACGGGGGCAAAACCAUUCCAGUGUGCUGUGUGCAAUCGGAGCUUCUCUCGCUCGGAUCACCUGGCUCUGCACAUGAAGAGACAUCAGAACUGAAAGCUGGACUUGUCCUUGAGGCUGUUUGUAGCUAUGCAAUUUCCUGUUGACUGUCAAUAUACAGCUAGAAUUAGUUUAACUUUUGACUAUGGACGAUCCAUAAAAAAAACUCAAGGAAACUGGAAAUGUAUAUUUUGUAUAUUUAUGAGGAAACAGGGAAGACACUGUAUCAAAAUACCAGAGUGUUCACUCAUUUUGUUUGCUCUCAUAACGUAUAUGGCUUUCGUCAGCAGGUUUCAUCUCAUUACAAGUAUUAUGUCUUGACACAUUGCAUCAUUUAACAUUAUUUUAUCUUGCAGUGUUUUGACCCAAAACACUGUUGUUAUUGUGGCAAUGUUUAGUAAAUGAAUUAAUGAGAGGUGGCUGAUGAAUGAAAGUAGAUGACAAGCCAUGAAUUGCAAUCUGUCAGGUUUUUACUAGAUAUAUUUAGUACUCAUUUUUUUUAAUGUUAUGUCUUUCUGUGGAGAUAAAAUAUGUAGAAAAAUUCAUACACAGCCAUAGAACAACAUGUUUGUUCUCUGUUGCAUGUUUGCUAUGACAAAGAUUUUGUAAAUAUGCAAAUCAGCUUUUUAGGUUUGUUACAAAAGUUUUCUAGGAAUGGUCUGAAAAAAGUCACUUUACAUUUGAUAAGAACAUGGCACACUUACAAAUACAUUUUAUUUAAAUACCUCUCAAAACAUUUCCAACUUAUCUUUUUAAGAGAAACAAGCUGCCCAUUCAGACAUUUUGUACUUGCUAACAAAUGUUGUGCACUGAAUAUUUGAAACAUGAUGGUGUUUUCAAAGUGCUUAAAAGAGCAAAACACUAAAUAAAUACCAAAAGGUUAAAUUAAUGAGGACAGUUAUAACAUACAGAAUGCUAAACCUCUUACUAUAAGCUAAACUUAGUAUCACUUUUUAAAAAGAAGGAUUUAGGAUGUAAUUUUCAUAGACAGACAUGGUAAGCUUGUUCAGCUCCAAUAUGAUCUAGUUUCACGUGGGUAUUUCAUGUACUUUAUCAGGAGGUAAAGGAUACAGUAAUUUUAUUUAAAAUUACAGUGCCAUUCAGUUAAUCCGCUGCGCACACUGACAGAGACGAGGUAAAAUUCCCUGUUGACAUAAAUAGAUGCCACUUCAUUGAAGCCAAUGGCGUUCUGUCUUUUUAUGUCAGCAGUGAGUCUGAUCCAUAGUUCUGCCUUGCAAUAGUAAAUGAAGGGCCAAAAAUGUGGUUACACUGUGCAGUAUUUGGCCAGACCAAAAAAUACAACUCAUACACAUCUGCAAUUCACAAGCUGUGAUAUCCAGCUGUCAACCAAAGGGUAGAAUAAACAACCAAAAUGCCAAAAAGGGGUCUCAAAAAAACAUAUAGCUUUGUUUAAACUGUUGUUUGUCUUUAUUUAUUUUGUGGUGUAUGGUAGACUUUUUAAAGACAAUUUUACAUACAGUUGAUAAGUUAUAGUUUUGUUUGUCAUAGCUAGAAAUGUUGCUCUUAAAUGUAAAUAGUUGAUAAAUGAUGUAAAUAAUUUUGUAAGGCUUCAAAUGUUUAUACAUGGAAACACAUGCAUAAAUUGGUUGCUGUUUCGCUUCUUUUUGCCUCCCCCACCUUAUUUUUGUAUUGUGGUAUUUCCUAUGCAAAUAAUGGAGCAAACAGCUGUAUAGUUGUAGAAUGUUUUGAGAGAGAAUGAAAUGGUUUAUAUAUAAAAGACAAUUUUUUGAAAAAUAAAACAAAGUGCCUAAAA